AUGAAUCAUAUACCUAUUCAUUAACGUGCCUAACAUUUAAUGAAAGAAAAACAAUAGAAAAUUGCAGAAUAUAAACGAUUGAAAGAGCUGAAUGAAGAAUAAGAAUGCAGUAAAUAUUCAUUUCGACCAAAUAUUAAUAAGGAUAGAGAACAUCGAACUGUUGAUUAAUUUUUAGAGGAAGUUGAUUAUUGGAUUGAAAGAAAAAAUGAAUAACUUCAUUUAAUGUAAUAAGAAAAGUAGUAAGAAGAACUAAAAGGUUUAACAUUCAAACCAAAAAUUAAUAAGAAAUCUCAANACCUUCUGUUAAUUAUUUACCAUAAAAACGUAUUUAUUAUUCAUUAAAUUAUCCUUUCUUAAUUAAUUAAUAAAUGUCUUAAUCACAUAAUUCCAUUAUAAGAUAACUGUUAUCAGCAUCUUCAAAAACAUCAAUUAAAUUAACAAUAUUUUUAUGA